AGGACAAUUUUUGAAGUGUUACUGCAAAAGUGUCGACAAGUAACGAAUAGCAUGAAUCAACACAACUUUUCGCUGGCGCAUAAGUACGUGAAACCCUCGUACGUUUUACAAGCAAGCCAAGCCAUUGCUGCUCACGAAUGUAAAGUUUCUCACUUGCUGGAGCAAGGCCGGUGUCCCGACGAUGGCUGGGACGACAGCACGAUUGAACUUCUGUUGCACGAGCUGUCGUUAAUGGACAGCAACAAUUUCAUGGGUAACUGCGGUGUAGGAGAACGCGAGGCGAGGAUAGUGUCCAACAUUGUAAGGAGGCGUCAUUACAGGAUGGGACAUGGCAUCGGCCGCUCUGGAGACAUCGCAGAAACACAGCCAAAGGCCGCCGGAUCCAGUUUAAUAAACAAGCUCACGAAUUCUAUGGUUCUCCACGUGUUACAGUUCGCUGGGGUACCCAACACCAAAUCGUGUUUCGUUGUACCUAUGGCGACGGGUAUGAGCCUAGUGUUGUGCAUGCUGAGCUUUCGCCAGCGCAGGCCAGAAGCCAAGUACGUGGUGUGGUCGAGGAUUGAUCAGAAAUCUUGUUUGAAAAGUAUGCUAACCGCUGGCUACAAGCCUAUUAUAAUUGAGUGCGUUCUUCGCGGUGACCAACUCCAAACGGACGUUGGAAUGAUGGGAAAGAAAGUGCAAGAACUGGGAGCAGACAACAUAGCCUGUGUACUAACCACCACCUCAUGUUUCGCACCAAGAGCACCAGAUGAUCUCGAAGGAGUCGCGAAGAUGUGCAAGGAGUUUAACAUUCCGCAUCUUGUAAAUAAUGCUUACGGUGUGCAAUCAACGAAAUGCAUGCAUUUAAUUGAGCAGGCCUCACGUGCAGGACGUGUCGAUGCGUAUGUGCAGAGUACAGACAAGAACUUUUUGGUGCCAGUUGGCGGUGCAGUCAUUGCGGGUUUUGACAAGACCCUCGUUGAGGGCAUCGCCAAGACUUACCCAGGCAGAGGAUCAGGCUCUCCAACACUUGAUUUGUUUAUAACUCUACUGUCUGUAGGAAAGAAUGGUUAUCUCAAGCUCAGGAAUGAAAGGAAGCAACUUUUUCAACACUUAGUGGAACAGUUGUCAAAUGUUGUUGGAAAAUAUGGGCAACGUGUGCUGCACACGCCAGGCAACCAGAUUUCAGUCGCGUUCACGCUUCCAGAUGAAGUUGCAGACGUAACUGCCAUUGGAGCUAUGUUAUUCACACGUUUUGUGUCCGGAGCUCGAGCUGUGGGGCCGGGUAAGAGUCAAACGGUGGCUGGGCUGCAGUUCUUGGGGUGGGGAUCGCAUUGUGAUCAUUAUCCUUGUUCGUACUUGACAGCAGCAAGCGCUUUGGGUGUCACAAGGGAGGAUGUUGAUACAUUCUUGAUUAAGCUAGACAAGGUCAUGCAAAAAGUUAAAAGCACAGAUAAGAAAAAUGGAGACUCCAUUAGCGUUGGAUUAACAGAAAUGUAAGCUCUAUCGAGAAUGUAGAAAUGUAAAGAAACUGGCCGGUAAUAUGGAUGAAGGUUGAAGUGAUAAUUAUUGUUGAACACUAGUCAUUGGAAACUAGGGGACCACAGCGACCAAAUAUUGUCUUCAUAACACAUGCUCGUAAGAUAAUAAACACAAGUGGUGCCUA